CUUAUGAGUAAAUAUCAGUUGUGCUCCACUACACGAGUUUCAUAAUAUCAAUUGAGAAAGAGUGAGAGGGGGAGAGAGAGAGAAACUGGAUAUAUAUAAUUUAAUAUGCAUUAUGAAAUACCUACAAAAAUCCGAACAUAACAUGGGGGACCCCCGACUAACAACGGGCUUACUGCAAUGCAGUGACUACACGAUUUUACCGAAGGUUCCGCUGGGCCCGGUGCUGACCGUGGUCCAGCGGGAGCACGCUGGCAUUGAGGUUAAGGUGCUGACCGAGCUGCUGAUGCUGGACGAGGCGUACAGGGGCUACUUCAAUGAGUGGCUCAAGGAGCUGGGACUGCAGCGCAUGGCCGCCGAGAAGCUGUGGCCAUUGACGCGCGACUUUUCCAUAGAAUCGGACGCUACCUGCCGGAAGCCGCUGCCGCGCAGCGUGGAUGCCGAGGAUGUGAUCAUAAACAAGUACCAGUUGCACUAUCAGAUUAUAAUGGGCUCCAAUCUGGCCAUGACUCGUGGCAUUAGCGUGAUACGCGCUCAUCUGUUGGCCUUUCGGCGCGAGUUCCACAAACUGGAUCUGACCGAGCAGACGCCCUUCGUACUGGGCGAUGCAUUUCACAAGCCCAUCAAGUUCUUCAUGGAUCUGGCGGAGGAGCUGUUCAACUAUUUCUAUAGCCAUUAUCUGAAGCUGGAUUGUGGUGCGCGCCAUCUGGAUCCGGGCGACUUGGCCACGCUGGAGAACUACCAGAAGAUGCUGGCACCGUGCGAGGAGUUCGAGGAGUAUCUGAUGUAUAAUCUCAGCUACUGUCACUGCCUGCGUCCGUCGCAGCCCUGCCCCGAGCACGUCAAGCCCCAGCAAAAGUCAAUGGAAAUCCAAGAUGCUCAACGUCGCGCCCUGCUGAGUCGCUGUCACAAGCGUCUGACCAAGAUGUCGAGAAAAACUGAUGAAUCUAUUAACGUUGUCCAAGAGUCGUUGCUCGAUGCCGUUGAUCUGGAGCAUGAGCUACGCAUGAAUCAGCUGACCACUCGGCUGGCACAGUUGCGCGAAACCAACUCGAUCCGGAAUAUGGGGCACGAGCGCAAUCUCGUCCAGCAAAUGAUAUACGCUCUGAGCCCCUCCCUGAUGCCGCCCUCAUUCCAUCCGCAGACAUUCACACCACCUGACUUACAUCCCCAAUUUCCCUAGGCUUUCGCCAGUUACCAGCAAAUCCAACAAGUUGAUAUCGUGCCCAGCUGCCGCCCAAAUGGAAUUUAAUAAAUCUGCAAACUACAAAUUACUAGCUGUAAAUUACCGACCACCAAUAAAUAUGCACCCCCAUGGUAUGCUCAUAGAAAA